UCCAAACAGAAAAAAAAUGGGAAAAUCGGCGGUUGCAGUUGCGAACCUCGCCGGUGGGAGAGAGGUCGCCGUCGCCCUCUUUCUUUCUUUGCAGGCCGUCCCCGGUGGGCGAUCAGUCACUUCCCAUUUUCAUCCUUUCCGAUCAUUUUUUUUGUUCAAUCCAAUCCCAUAAUUUCCCUCGCCUUCAUCCCCCUUCUUCUCCUUAUAUAUCCCUUCUACCCAACUAUAAAACGCCCCAUUUUUCUUUUUUUUCUCUCUCUCUCUCUCCUAUUUAUAUUUUGCCAUCUCUAUCUCUCUCUCUUUAUCUCUCUGCUAUUCCACCCAGAGACCGCAAUAUUUAGGCGUUUCUUCUUAAUGGGUUUCUCUUGAGGUGCGGGGUGUUUAUUCUAUUUACAUAUAUGUGUUUUGUAUUUGUUAUGAGUUUUGUUGCUGUUGCCUGUUGAAUGUACAGUUAGAUUCUGGGUUCUCUGCUGAAUUUGAACAAUUGUGAGAUGCCGGGAAUUGUCAUGGAUGAAAUCAAUGAAGAAAGGGCUGUGAAUAAACAUAAUGGUUCUUCGAUUCAUAUUGAAGAGUCGUAUGGAAACAAGUCGCCGAGGAGCGGGUUGAGUCUUCAGAGCCAUGGAAGCGUUCAUGUUGAUUUCCCUGUUGAUGGCUUGGUUGAUACCUCUAUUGAGAAGCUUUAUGAGAAUGUUUGUGAUAUGCAAAGUUCGGAUCAGUCACCUUCAAGGCGUAGCUUUGGAUCUGAUGGUGAGGAAUCAAGGAUUGAUUCUGAACUGAAUCAUCUUGUAGGAGGAGAGAUGAGGGAGGUAGAGAUAAUAAAGGAGGAAGAAGAUAUUGUUGAGAAGCCUGAGCACGAUUUUCCUGUUGAUUCUAUAAAUCAUUCACCAUCUGCAGAUAAGAAGGAGAAAGCUGAAAAUAGCCAACCCGGUAGCUCAAAACGUCCGUCUGGAAAAAAAGCUCCUCACCUGCAAUUGGACCACGAGACAUCUUCAAAAUCAAGUCCCAGGGGCAAGGGCUUGUUGGAUAAACCCCCUAUUAGCAGAAAGAAUGAAAAGAAUUCGAAAAAAAAUAGUCCAGGUGCUGCUCAGUCAAAGAAACAGAGAGAUUCACCUUUGAGGGGCUCGAAAAUGCAGGAUGGAAUUGAGGAUUUCGACGAAUCAAUGUUGGAUAAUCCAGAUCUAGGGCCCUUUCUACUUAAGCAAGCAAGGAAUUUAGUUUCGUCAGGGGAGAAUCUGCAGAAAGCUCUUUUAAUAGCACUUCGUGCUGCUAAAGCUUUUGAACUAUCUGCAAAUGGGAAACCCAACUUAGAACUUGUUAUGUGUUUGCACGUCACAGCAGCAAUAUACUGCAGCUUAGGGCAGUACAGUGAGGCUAUACCUCUAUUGGAGCAUUCCAUUGAGAUUCCUGCCAUCGAGGAAGGCCAUGAGCAUGCACUGGCUAAAUUUGCAGGCCACAUGCAGUUGGGUGAUACGUAUGCAAUGCUGGGUCAGCUGGAAAAUUCUCUAGUCUGUUAUACAACUGGGUUAGAGGUCCAGAAACAAGUCCUAGGAGAAGCAGACCCAAGAGUUGGGGAGACCUAUAGGUAUUUAGCUGAAGCCCAUGUUCAAGCCUUGCGAUUUGAUGAGGCUGAGAAAUUUUGUCAAAUGGCUCUCGAUAUUCACAAAAAGAAUAUUGGCCCUGCUUCUCUUGAGGAGGCUGGAGAUAGGAGGCUUAUGGGCCUCAUAUGUGAAACAAAAGGAGAUCAUGAAGCUGCGCUUGAGCAUCUAGUUUUAGCCAGCAUGGCCAUGGUAGCAAAUGGCCAAGAGACUGAUGUGGCUGCAGUUGAUUGCAGUAUUGGAGAUUCAUACUUAUCCUUGUCCCGUUACGACGAGGCUGUUUUUGCUUAUCAGAAAGCCCUCACUGUUUUCAAAACCACCAAGGGAGAAAACCAUCCAGCAGUUGGUUCAGUAUAUGUUCGUCUUGCUGAUUUGUACAACAAGACUGGAAAAAUGAGGGAGUCAGUAUCUUACUGUGAAAACGCCCUUCGAAUUUAUGAAAAGCCUGUCCCUGGGAUUCCUCCGGAGGAAAUUGCUAGUGGUCUUACUGAUAUUGCAGCUAUCUAUGAAUCAAUGAAUGAAGUUGAGCAAGCAGUCAAAUUAUUACACAAGGCAUUGAAGAUAUAUAAUGAUGCUCCGGGACAGCAAAACACCAUUGCUGGAAUAGAAGCCCAGAUGGGUGUCUUGUAUUAUAUGCUGGGGAACUAUUCUGAAUCUUACAACUCCUUCAAUAAUGCAAUUCCAAAGCUUCGCAACAGCGGAGAGAAAAAAUCUGCUUUCUUUGGUAUAGCCCUUAAUCAAAUGGGGCUUGUGUGUGUUCAAAAAUAUGCUAUAAACGAAGCUGUGGAGUUAUUUGAAGAAGCCAAGAGCAUACUAGAGCAAGAAUAUGGACCUUAUCAUCCUGAUACUCUCGGGGUAUAUAGCAACCUUGCUGGAACAUACGAUGCAAUUGGCAGGUUGGAUGAUGCAAUUGAAAUCUUGGAGUAUGUUGUUGGCAUGCGAGAGGAAAAACUUGGGACAGCCAAUCCUGACGUUGAUGAUGAGAAGAGAAGAUUGUCCGAGUUGUUGAAAGAAGCUGGUAGAGUUCGAAGCCGAAAGGCGAGAUCACUCGAGACUCUUCUUGAUGCCAAUGCUCAUACUGUAAACAGUAAAGGAAUUCAGGUUUGAUAAAAAGAUUAAAUCACACAAGACCGACAAUUGUCGCCUAGUUUAGAACCGAUUCUCACAAACACGGCUAGUUGCGCUUGAGUAAAUUCCUGAUUCUUUAGGUUGUUGAAAUUCAAAUACUAGAGUUUGGCGUUUCGUUUGCAUUGUCGAUUAAGUUAUCUUGUAUUUGUGUAUGAAGUUUGUAUUGUUCUGUAUAUUUUUACACGUAAGCGAUGGCGUUGUCAUUUUGUAUAUCACAUUGUUCUGGAAUUACAAGAUUGUUUGAAGCAGUUUUGAAUGAAAACUACAAGGAUGAGGUUCCUGCUUUUGUACCAUAAA